AUGGAAGCAUCAUUUACAGACAUCCAGAUACCACAAUGCCAUGAAUACUGCAAUGGUAACACAGCAGAGUUUUAUUGCCCAGAAUGUUCUGCUAUGUUCUGUAGCAGUUGUUAUGACAGGGAACACUGUGGGAAUGAGAGGAAAUCACAACAUGGCAAAGUCACCGAACUCAGAGCCAUAUGUUGCAUUCAUAAGCACACCUUGGAUUAUUUUAACCUCACAACACUGCAGCCUAUGUGUAUCAUUUGCAAAAAGGAGACUUCGCAGGCUUCGGAGCUCUCUGACCAUGUUAUCGACAAUAUAGAGACAACUGUUCCAAAGCUUCAGUCUCUUAUGGAAAAAAAGCUGAACACUGCUUCUGAAUUAAUUACCAGAUUAAACCGUGAAAUAGCUAUGGCUGAAAAUGCUGCCAGGAACACAACAAUUUGUGCAAUAGAGUAUGUCCAAGAAUGUUUUGUUAAAAUUCGAAGGUACCUCGAUGAGACUGAGGAGGAGAUAAAACAGGGGGCACGAAAGUAUUUUGACGACUUCAUGCAAUUUAAUGAAGACAGAGUGGAGUUUAUGAAUGCUGUCCGAAAGCUCAGGGCCCUCUCUGAAGAAGGCAAGUUGCAUAACACA